CUGCUAUAUCUGUUUGAUAACGCCAAACUGCAGGAACCCAAAAACAUAACUACUGGUAUCAAAAGUGCCUGAAAGGGAAUGUGGAUCUGGUGUUUCUCUUUGAUGGAUCAGAAAGCAUGAGCAGUGGUGACUUCAAUACUAUUAAGGUUUUCAUGAUCAAUGUAAUGGAGGAACUACACAACAGCACGAUACAUUUUGCUGCCGUGCAAUUUUCAGAGGAUGUCAAAAUUGAAUUUGAUUUUAACAAUUAUACCAGUGAUCCCAACCCUCAAAAGCUUUUGGCCAACGUGAAACAUAUGAAAAGUGUUACAGACACCUUCAGAGCCAUCAAAUACGUAGCAGAUAACCUUUUCAUUCCUGAGCGCGGCAUGCGACAAGGAGCAAAUAAAGUGAUCAUCCUCAUCACUGAUGGAGACGCAACAGAUAGUGACCAAGGGAGCAUAGCUGCUGCCAAGAAAAAGGGGAUCUUACGCCUUGUCAUUGGGAUUGGGAUUCAUUUAUCUCAAGAUAACCUGGAAAAGCUUGCUUCCGAACCUUGGGGUGAAUUUGUGAAGGUCCUUGCCAGCUUUGAGGAACUCAAAGACAGCUUCAAUGAACUCCAGUCAAAGAUUUAUGACAUUGAAGGUACUAGUGACAGAAGCUCAUUCCACCUGGAGAUGUCAUCCAGUGGAUUCAGUGCAGAUAUAUCCCAGGGCAGAGUGGUCUUGGGUGCCGUAGGAGCCGACAACUGGGCUGGUGGGCUGCUAGAACAACAGAAGGACUUCAGCAAAGAAAGGUUCAUAUCUACCCCCACAUUCAGGAAGGAGAUGGACGGGGCCUACUUGGGUUAUGCCCUGAAAUACCUACAGCAUCAUCAGAGAGAGCUCUAUGCCGCUGGUGCUCCUCGAUACCAACAUGUGGGAAGAGUCCUCAUAUUUGAAGUCAAUGCCAAAACUGCUAAUUGGACAUUAAUACAAGAGAUAGAAGGACAGCAGACAGGGUCAUAUUUUGGGGGAGUACUCUGUGCUGUAGAUGUAGACAAUGACCAUGAAACUGAUCUCCUUCUUGUGGGGGCCCAGCUUCAUUUCACAGAGACAAGAGGAGGCUGCGUUUUUGUGUACGGCUGGGAGGAGGAUAAUCUCAUUCUGCUAGGGGAGCUUAAGGGGGACCCAGGCUACCCCUUGGGCAGAUUUGGAGCAGCCAUUUCAGACUUGAUGGACAUCAGUGGGGACGGACUGAUGGAUGUGGCUGUGGGAGCCCCUUUAGAAGAUGAGGAGAAGGGUGCUGUGUAUAUAUAUAAUGGCCAUGAACGGAACCUGCUAAUGCACUAUAGUCAGAGAAUUACGGGAGCCAGCAUUUCUCCCAGCUUGAAAUUCUUUGGACAAUCCAUCCAUGGAAAGACAGACCUCAAUAGAGAUGGCCUCAUAGACAUCACAGUGGGAGCCCUGGGAGAAGUAGUGGUGCUCCGCUCCAGACCCAUUGUCACAGUGGUCCCACAGGUGACAUUCUUGCCCAAGGAGAUUUCAGUGGAAGAAGUGGAAUGUUUGGGGGAUGCCACCUCCUGGAAGAAUAAGGAGCUCAACCUCAGCAUCUGCUUUGACACCAGCUUGGCCACCAAGAGCUACCAAGAAUCUCUGUCUGCUAACCUCUCCUAUCACUUGGAGAUUGACGCAAACAGAAUGAAGAACCGAGGAGUAUUUAAGAAUGGAAAGAAGGCCAUAAAUGGGAACCAAAGAAUCACUCAAGGGCAAGUGUGUAUACAGGAAAAAAUAAACAUAACGAACUGCAUUGAGGAUUACAUCUCACCAAUCAAGCUCUUUAUGAACUUCUCCCUCAGCAGUGACAAGGACCACAAUGAAAGGCAUCCAAAGCCUGUUCUGAACCCCCUAAGCAACAUGACAAUAGUAGAGAUUCCUUUUACGAAGAACUGUGGAACAGAUGGCGUGUGUGUGGCUGACAUGCAAAUCUCCUUCCAUGACUCAGGAUCUCGGGAGCUAGUGGUAUCCUCUCAACAUUACCUGGACAUGAACUUGGAGUUGGUGAACCACCGGGAGAAUGCAUACUAUCCAACCCUCCAUGUGCUUCAUAUGCCAGGACUCUCCUUCCGCAGAGCCUCUGUGAUCAAGUCUAAUCACCAGAUCAUUGUAAACUGUGAUGGCAUGAAGAUUGGUCAAGACCACAAGAGCCUCUCUUGCAACAUCAGCCACCCAGUCUUUAGGGAUACCACAAAGGCUUUGAUUCAACUCAGGUUUGGCAUCCUAGACAAACGUUCCUGGGGAGACGACUUGGAAAUGGAGGUAAAUGUCAGCAGCAAUAAUGAGCUGAAUGAGACUCUUCAUGACAACACAGCCAGACUUCGAAUCCCUAUCAAAUACCCCAUCAACAUGAUAGUUGAGAGGUUAGAAGCAUCUACUCAGUACAUUGAGUUCAGUUCUGUACGUCAAGAAAACAAGACCGUGACACAUUCUUAUGUAGUAAAAAACUGGCCAAUGGGUGCUUUCCCAUCUCCUGAAGUAUCGGUGUUUGUGAAGGUGCCAACUACAAAUCCUGAAGGGCUGAUAUGGGAGCUGGAAGGUGUCCAGACCGAUCCCUCUGUGUUUUGUCAGCCCAUUCAAUUAGAAAAAAAUACAAGCAAACCUUCUGAAUGGAUUGAAAUGCAAUGUGCAGUUGGUGAAUAUCGCCUCUACAGGUGUGAUCUUGGACAGAUAAAUUCCUCCAUAAUUAAUAUGACUGGGGUCAUGUACACCAAAGGCAACAUGAAGCAUUUCCCUCGGUUCAAGUUGUGCACAGCAUUGUGGUUAACGUUUAAUACCAGUCGAUAUAUGAACUUCUACAGUCAAGAAUUUGCCCAGUUUCAGGAAACAGAAGUGGAGGUGAUUUUUAAGAUGAAUUAUCUUCCUGUUAUAAUAGGCAGUGGGAUAGGAGGCUUGGUCUUGCUCAUUCUCAUCAUUGUAGGACUUUACAAGUGUGGAUUCUUCAAACGUAAUUAUAAGGCAAAAAUGGACAUCCAAGAAGAAAAUGAGAAUGUGCUACAACCAAAAGGCAGUUUAGGUGAAGAUACAGAGAAAGAAGCCAAAUCAGAAAGUGAUGUGGAGGAUGAUAAAGAAAAAGAAGCUGAUUCCUUGGCAGACCCAUUGAAUGGAGAAGCUGAGGCGAAAUGACCAAAUCAGCUUCUCGGACUAUAAUCAUGAUAUUUGGCCUAAAUGUUUUUGCAGGAGAGAGAUUUCACUUUUACCAUUUGCACAUAUACUGUGGUAAAAUAAGACUGUGACUGCAUUUAUUUUUGGUGUUUCCAUUGGUGGUCUUGCAGUAGCAGUGGUCACCAAUAAAUGAUACAGCAAUGCACAUGAUGUGGUGGAACAAGAAGUGCAAGUAUGUUUAUGUGCUGCUCAAUGAUGAAUGGCCAAAUUAUUUGUAUAGGUAUAGAUAUGUAUUUCAUUUGGUACUUUUGUAGAUUAUAAAUGAUAAGCACAAACUUGCAGUUUGUGGGCUAAAUGGCAGCCCUGCAAACAUCCUCUGUGUCCCUCAGAGCCCAGGAGACUCACCUACGGUACUUUUCUGUUAUCACCCAUCAGCUGAUCAUCCAUCAUCACUCUUUUAGCAGUGCUGAUGCAGCCAAGACCACUGUUUUUGUAGAGUGGGAUGCUGGGUGUGAGUAUGGACAAAAGAAGAAGCAGAUAUUAAUGGGAAAAAGAUGAAUGACUGAAUGAGAGAGAAAUUAUAAAGGGUAGAGCCAUACUUACUGCAGGAAAAUCACAGUCUUGGUUGAUUUUCACCGUGGGAAUGUGAUUUCCAGGCCUGAAAAACUAUCGACUGUCAACUGUAAGAUCUCUCUCUCUCACACACACAUUAUACCAGUAAUUGUUUGUUUUGAGUGUAUCUGUAAGAGCACUUCAGGCCUUUCAAGUCCUUAAAUAUUUUGAAGUAGGAAUUGUGCACAUCAUUCUUCUUCCCUUUUACUGUAGAAACAAAUAUUUCUGGAAAGUUCGGCAAGACAGGAUUCAUCUUAAGACAGAAAGUGGGUCUUUUAAGUGCCAUUUGUAUCUGCACUCUCUUUUUCUAUUUUCCAAGAGAUUAAUGUUGCACUUCGAAUUGACCAGACUUGAUUAAUAUAAUACAUUAUAUUUUUAAAAAAUUAAGAGUCAUUCGUUAUUAUUUUUCAAUAUUCAUUUUUCAACAUGCAUUAAUUUGAAUAUUUCUUGAACGUUGUUUUAUUUUAUAUCCCAUUUCUUACUAUGCUAUAGUACCCACAAGGUGUUUUCUAAUUUUUUAAGUAACAUAAUCACACCUGGCACAACGUAUAUGUUUUUCAAAUUAUCUACACUGUAAAAGAGAGUGAAUUCAAAUACUUUGGUAAAUAGCUUCACAGCAAGUACAUCAGAAGAUAUGGGUGUAAAAUAGAUAUUUUUGAACUCAUACCAAAGGCCAGGACUUUACAUAACCCCAAGGAUUGGGGAAUGCACUUUGAAAGCUUUGACCUUUUCAAUAAUUUUCCAUCCAGCUGAGAACCGCUAAUGAAAUUCCCUUAGUUUUAAAAGAGAUUUUCCAGAACACAAGUCUGGCCCACAAAUCAUUUGGUUCUCUAGACAUAAGCAUUGGAGACUUGAAUAGCUGCCUAGUUUAUGAAGGUAUGUGUACAUUGUGUGCAAAAAAUAUGUGCAAAUAACUUCCAAAUGUUGUUGUGUGUCUUCAAGUCAUUUCUGACUUACGGGGACCCUAAGGCGAACCUAUCACAGAGU